CGUCCACGCUUCGUCCCCUCCCUCCCGUUCGGACACUUGGUCGUCGUCUCGUCCCUUCCAGCAGAUCCGCAAGCGCCGGGGGCUCCAGAGGGCGAGAGAGGAGGGGGGAGACGGAGGGGUGGGAGUGCUGCGGGGGGUUGGAGGAGAUGGCCGCGGCGGCGAAGGAGGCGGGGCCGAGCGGCUGCAGCGGCAGGGCGGUGCUGGUCACGGGCGGGGCGGGCUACAUCGGCAGCCACGCCGUGCUGCAGCUCCUCACUGCGGGAUUCCGCGUCGUCGUCGUCGACAGCCUCGCCAACUCGUCCGAGAUCGCGCUGCGCCGGGUGCGUGCGCUCGCGGGGGAACACGCCAAAAACCUCGCCUUCCACAAGGCUGAUAUCCGUGACAAAGAUGGACUGGAAAAGGUUUUUGCUUCAGCAAGAUUUGAUGCUGUUAUUCACUUUGCUGGACUGAAAGCUGUUGGAGAAAGUGUGCAAAAGCCAUUGCUCUAUUAUGAUCAUAAUGUUGUUGGUACAAUAAAUCUUCUGGAAAUUAUGGCAGCUCAUGGAUGUAAGAAGUUAGUGUUCUCAUCAUCAGCAGCAGUUUAUGGAUCACCGAAGAAUUCACCGUGCACAGAAGAUUUUCCUCUCAUUCCACACAACCCAUAUGGCAGAACCAAGCUUAUGGCUGAGGAGAUAUGCCGUGAUAUCUACCAUUCAGAUCCUGAAUGGAGUAUCAUUUUGCUUAGGUAUUUCAAUCCAGUUGGGGCUCACCCCAGUGGAUAUGUUGGUGAAGACCCAUGUGGAACUCCUAACAACCUUAUGCCCUUCGUUCAGCAAAUUGCUGUUGGUAGGAGGCCAUCGCUAACAAUAUUUGGAAAUAACUACGCAACAAAGGAUGGGACAGGGGUUCGUGAUUAUAUUCAUGUGGUUGACCUUGCUGAAGGACAUCUUUUUGCAUUACGGAAGCUUUUCGACAGCUCAUCUAACAUAGGAUGUGAAGCAUACAACCUCGGAACUGGAAAGGGAACAUCAGUUUUGGAGAUAGUCAAUGCAUUUGAGAAGGCUUCUGGAAAGAAAAUCCCUUUGGUGAUGGGUCAACGCCGCCCUGGUGAUGCUGAGGUUCUCUUUUCGUCGCCUGCGAAAGCAGAGAGAGAGCUCCACUGGAAAGCGAAAUAUGGCAUCACAGAGAUGUGCAGAGACCUGUGGAACUGGGCUAGCAAGCACCCUUAUGGAUACGCAGCAUCCGAGUCCCCGAAGCUGAAUGGCAGUUCACGCUGAGCAACACCGAUUGUUCCAUGUGGACGAUUACUUGUACAUGCGACGUAGUGCCCACCAGGAUAAAAUGUAGAUCUGUCCGGUCAGUCAUACAGAGAAAGGUUCUAUAGGCUUAGGAAAGAAUGCUAUCUUGUUCCUCCCUAGCAUAAGUGCUCCUAUAAAUGGAUUCUUCCAUA